AUGUCGUGCACCCCGCUAGAGGAGAUCCCCAAGGUCUAUGAAGGCCUCAAAGCAGCAUUCAGAUCCGGGAAGACAAAGUCUGUCGCAUUCCGCAAGGCACAGCUAUCCCAGCUACUCUAUCUUCUCGACGACAACGUAGGCCGCUUCCAACAGGCGCUGCAUGCAGACCUUGGGCGACCGUUUAAGGAGGCUCAGCUCCUGGAGAUUAACGGGACACUCCUUCAGCUGCAAGGUGCACAUGACAAUGUAGAAGCCUGGGCUUCACCUCAACGUGCCCCGUUCUCGUUGUUGUGGUACCCUAUGUCGCCUAUCACCCGAAAAGAGCCCAAGGGAGUCGUGCUGAUCAUUGGCCCAUUCAACUAUCCUGUCUAUCUCAUUUUAUGUCCUCUCGCCGCCGCUAUCGCAGCCGGAAACACAGUUCUCCUCAAGCCAUCUGAGCUGUCUAUGGCAACUGCGACACUGCUCACCGAGCUCAUUCCGCAGUAUCUUGAUCCUGAUGUCGUUCGGGUAGUCAAUGGUGCUAUUCCCGAGACUACAAAGAUCCUUGAGCUUCCGUUCGAUCACAUUCUGUAUACAGGGAAUGGUCGUGUCGGUCGUGUUGUCAGCACUGCUGCUGCUCAACACUUGACACCCGUUACACUCGAACUGGGAGGCAAAUGCCCUUGUGUAAUUGACCCAAAAUGCGACCUCAAGACGGCAGCAAAGCGAAUUAUGUGGGGAAAGCUAGCGAACGGUGGCCAGAUCUGCCUAUGUCCGGACUACGUCAUUGUCCCGGCGCACUUCCAGGAUGCCGUUGUCGAAGCGCUUGUUGCAGCAUACAAAGAACUGCACCCUGUUGACCCCCGCGAGUCGGGCGAGGUGACCCGCAUGGUGAACAAGCGUCAUGCGGAGCGCAUCAAGAAGCUCGUCGACACGACCCGUGGUACAAUCGUAAUCGGCGGCGAAGUAGACACGGAGACGCUGUAUGCUGCGCCAACGAUUGUGAGGGAUGUCGGACCCAAAGAUUCACUCAUGAGCGAGGAACUGUUUGGGCCGGUACUGCCUAUCGUGCCUGUUAGCGACGUGGACGAGGCGAUAGCAUUCAUCGGCGAGCGGGACCAUCCGUUGUGCUUAUACAUCUUCUCCAAUGACGCGGCAUUCAAGACCAAAGUGAUCGACAACACGCUGAGCGGAACCGUCGCCAUCAACGAUACUCUGCUGCAAAUCGGAGCACCUACUCCCUUUGGUGGUGUUGGAGCAAGCGGCCACGGAGGGUAUCAGUCAGGAAAGUACGCUUUCGAAACCUUCACACACAUGCGCCCUGUUACGGAUAGUCCGAACUGGCUAGACUCAGCUCUGAUGGGCGCACGAUAUACACCGUAUGAUGAGAGCUCUUUCCGCCAGCUGAACGCGGUGCUGCAUGCGCGACUUCCACCUCGCAAUGCUGCCUCACUUGGGUACUUUGGAUGCAUGGCAGCGGAGAUCUCAUGCUCACUCAACUGGUAUCGACGUUUCUGGUCCAACCGACCGAAUGGGUCAGCCUGAGAGUCAGGCUCGUAGCCAUUUACCUUCACAUCAAAUUUGUGUGUACUGUUAAAUAGGGUUAUCUAAUUGCCAUAACUUGUUGGUG